GAGCCAGAAAAGAGGGGAGGUCUGUGGAAUAACUUCGUAGCUUUCAGCUCCAGUAGGGCGCAGUUAACCUUAAAAAACAGUUUUCUGUGCGUAUAAACCAGAUUCUGAAAAAGGUAUAUCUGCUUAGGUGAUCAUUUUAAUGGCAGCGAGUGUAGGAUUGGCCAUGAAUCCGCCGCACACGACAGAAGAAAGGGCGGUUUUCACGCAGCUGAAGCCGGUGAGGAUGUCGGGAGCGGACGGCGCCGAGGACGCGUCCGUGUUUGAGGACGUCAAACCCGGGACUCGACUAGAGUUGGACAAAUACCUGCCACAGGUCAGCGGUCCUCUCUUGACUUCCACCAGCGACACCGGCGACAAAAAGUACAGGCGAGAGAGCGCCUCCGUCGUCGACGAGUACUUCUCAGAGGACAAACCUUCCGCCCCUUACAGCCUCAACAUCAACCUCAUCCUUCCCAGCACCACUCACCUCCGCACAGGCCUCUACAGGCCCAACACCAAGACCCUCACGCCCCAGCAGAUCAAGACAGAGCCCGGGCUGGAGGUGCCCUGCUCCAUCCCCACCACCACCACCCAGGCCUUGCCAGACUUCACCUCCGUCUUCAGCAUGCCGCCUGUAGUCAACAAUGUUUUCAUCAAACCAGACAUGAGCUCUGGCGGCGCGGUCAGUGUUGCCGCAGGAUCGCAGCAGCAACCGAAUUUGGACACAGAUCUUCACAUCGGACCCCAAGCCCCCCAGCCGCAGGUCUACCACAUGCCCAUCAGCAGCUGCGCCGACCUCACCAUGACUCUGUCGCACACCAGCCCGGCUGGGACACACGGCUCCUCAAACAGCAGGACCAUGCUGAACCUCAGCAGCGUCGCGUUGCCGAGGAGCAACGGCAACUACAUGAUGGCAGAACACCAACUGCCGCAGCACCACGGUUACUACCACGCCCCCGCCAAUUCAUCCCAGCACACGGCGCCCCACAGCCUGCCGCCCUCACCCCCAAACUCCCAGCCGGGGAGCCCAGAUGGCCAGGCGGAGCUGCUCAGCUUAGCGCCCCAACCGCCUCCGUACCAGCAGCUCCUGGGAGAGAUGAAGGUGGCGGGGUUGUCCACUCAUGCUAUGCUGAUGACACACGGCCAGGGCGUCCUGACAGGUCCCAAAUACAACAGGCGGAACAACCCAGAGCUGGAGAAGAGGAGGAUCCACUUCUGUGACUACCAAGGCUGCACCAAAGUUUACACAAAGAGCUCCCAUCUGAAGGCACACCAGAGGACACACACAGGUGAGAAGCCGUACCGUUGCACAUGGGAUAACUGCGACUGGCGUUUCGCCCGGUCAGACGAGCUCACCAGACACUACCGGAAACACACCGGGGCCAAACCCUUCAAGUGCAUCGCCUGCAGCCGCUGCUUCUCCCGCUCUGACCACCUGGCCCUGCACAUGAAGCGUCACCAGAACUAGCACGGACACACCUGUGUGUGUGUGUGUGUGUGUGUGUGUGUGUGUGUAUAUAUAAAAAUAUAUAUACAAUCACACACAAAGAGUUCAGUAUCCAAACAUGACAGCCACCUGAACCUAACACCUUUAAUCAAGAACAGAUAAAGAACCAAAAUCAUCCCUGCGUGCCCGUCUUUACUCUGGUGCUCCUUGCUAACAUAAGCCGAGUGAUGGUUGGCAUCUAGCAGUAUCCAAAGGUUGUUAUACACAGGUAGAUAUUUUUGGACAGGUGAGAAGCUUGUGAGGAAGGAUCACAUCCUUAUUGAUGCACCUACUUGUUGGUCAGGGUCUAGAUUGUUCAGUGGAUGGAUUAUGGGAGAUACAGUGAGUUGUCUCCUCUUCCUCUCUGGCGGGUGAAAAGAGGAUCGAGGUGUAACAGGGAGAGUGUGGUAAACACUGGGAAUCAAAAAUAAAAAAAAAAACUAAAGGUGAUACAGGCGAACUGGCCUGUGAUGUAAUUACCUGCCCUGUUGUCCAAUCAGCAUUUAUGGAAACAGGGAAAUUAUGUCCAUUGCGAACAUAACAUGGCUGUAUAGCAUGCAAAAUGUCGUGCUGUUUAGCUUUAGAGCUUCUCCAGGUUCUCAUUUUCCCCUGUGUGAGAUAGUGCUGAUCACCUGCUAUCGGUCAACACGGUGUUUGCCGAGGUCUCAACACCAGAGCUAAUCAUCUACCAGGGACUCAGAGAUGAUUUUGGUGUUCCCAUCUCUGAACAGUUGAGGUGUGUUGAUUUAAAACAUGCACUAGUCCAGCUCAUAUACAUACAUCCAUGUUCACAUACACACUUUACAUUCAUUACUUCCUACAAAAACUGCAGUCACUGGAACUGCAGUAUGGAUCUGAGACUCCUUCUUAACACAUCCUGGACACACUGUGUUGUCCCUACAAAUCUGCUGCCAACUUCUUCACCAUCAGCACUGUCCUGUCGCCAUCUUUUUCCAUUUUGAGGUAUGAACUUUCAAGGAGAGGUGGAAAUGCCUCUGUAAAUAUUUGUUUAUAAGUGUGCAUAUGUGUGUCUGAGAAUACAACGAAUGUAUUGAGAUUAUACUUGACAUCUUUUUUUCGUUUUUCUUUUUUUUUACAUUGAAUGUUAAUAUGAGUAAUAUUCCAUCUUGAAACUUCCUUGCGAUUUGCCUCCCUGUAAGGGCCUCAAAAAAAAAAAGUAUAAACAAAUAAUAACAGACACAAUCAGAGAACUCUCCAUGGAAAAAGUUAACGAUCGCCUUGCGUAAUACCUGUAGUAAUACCUGUCGAGCUCAGAGCAACUUGCCAAUGUUUGUAUCCAUGACAUUACCCGUUGCCAGGGUGACCAACCUCCUUUGAUGACGGUUUGCGGUGUGCUUGCAGUUUCUAUUCAGCUCUGUUUUUAUCCCCACUUUUUUUUUUCUCUCUCUCUCUCUCUCUCUCCCGUAUUUGUUCAACACUUCAGCUAAAGAAAGGCAGAGAUGGGUGGAUAGACUUCUUAUGUAAUCAUUCCUGAUUGUGGUGAAUUAGACUCUCACAGAUUGAAAAGGCAGUCCUGUUAAGCAGAUGAACGGCAGGUUAACGUGAACUCGGUUGCAUGACAUUACCUGGUACAUUGCGGCCCCUGCAUUCUUUAUGGGUUUAAGGAAGUCUUCUCCUCCAGCUGGGAAUGCCCACACAUUUUUGUGCAGUGUUGUAGCAGUAACAUUUGCCAACAAAAGGAUUCACAAGAUGAAAAAAAAAUGCUGCACAGUACAAAGAGUUUCAUUCUGUGAACUGAAACUGUCAUUACGGGGGGGAAAUAUAACCAAGGAAUGGUUUGAGAAUUUGAUAAAAUAAUAUAUUUACCAACUGCAUGAUCAACUUUAUAGUUUAGAGGAAUUGACAGUCAUCAACCACCUUUUCUCUUUUUGGACAGAGAUACAAACAGUUUGAAAAUAGUGUUGAAUCUAAACCUUUCCAGGGUAGGGCCUGUGUAUAUUCUCAUUUGUCCAGGUCAUAGUAUCCUAAAGGAGUUUUUUUAAAUCGAAAACAACUGGACUAGGUUAUUUGUCUGGGAAGACGUUUCACCUCUCAUCCAAGAGGCUUCAUCAGUUCGUGUAUCUGACCAGGCUAGGACUGGUCCUACUUUCUGGUGUGGAGACCCAGGUAUUUAACCUCUUGUGGGCGUUCACAAGGAUGAUGACUUUCCAGGGUAAACAGGUUAUUAAAAAGUCCUUUAUAACAACUACUAUAUAACAAGUAUUUACUCUUCCAGCUUUUGGACAAAGUUAAAGCUUCAGCUACAACAGCAAACCAAUGCAAACGUGACACUUUUCCAGACAGCUGUCAGAACAAUGAUUGAAUUUUUAACGUCUUCCAGUGGACAUUGUUUAGGGAUCAGUAACAUGAAGUCCACAGAAAUCAGUCCACAGUCUCCACUGAUCAGAGGCAGUGAAGUUAUUGUGGUUUGAUAUUUAAUCAGUCAACUGAAUCAAACAUAAACCACUAAUUGAAUUAAAUCUUUGAUGUUGAGGCCCCCUACCUGAUCUCACCUUAGACUCUUUUCUUCUGUCUUCUCCUCUUUUCUAGCGCUUCACUGUGAGUAAGAAUAAUAAGUUAACACAAGAUGUGCAGCCUCAGUGACAUGGUGCAUGUUAAAGUACAUAAUGUUUGUACAAGUGAUGUCAUGUCGUCUCUAAUGUCAUUCAAGCACGUCAUGGAACUGGAUUGUAAUUCAUCCAAAAACUAGCUCCUUCAUGUAUUGCAUGACAUUUAUCCACGAAGGGAACCUGUUCAAUUAUUGUCAGACCAGUUCUACACCUAUUGAAAUGUGCCACCUAUGGAAAUGGAAAAUAACAGCAGCAGCACUUUGUAACAGAAAAUCUAAAAUGCAUUCGCACUGUCACAACUGGGGGGGGGACUCCCAUUGUGAUACUUGUUUCCUGUAGGUGGCACAUUACUGUUUAAAUUGAAGCAGCUGCUACUCUCCAUGCCAGUAGAUGGUGCAGAUCAGAUCACGGGAACAUGCCAUGGCGACUGAGGCUGUAGGAUCCACCCACUUUGAACUUCACAGAGGUUAAAACAAGCAUGAAGCAUUGAUCGCCUGAUCUCUGUUUACCUACAGGAAACACCAUCCUGUUAUUUCAAAAACUAUUAUUGCUUUAUUCUUUAUUCCCAAGGAAACAAGUUCUCUUUCAAGGAGGGAGCACUGACCACCCACUGUGUACAUAACUGUAGUUUUAGUUUCAACAGAAGACUUUGUAAAUAUUUGUUUGGUUUUAUUUCCUAUAAUAAUAUUAAUAUUUGUUUGUUUUUUUCUUUUUUAACUAAUGGGAUUUUAGAUCAGUUUUAUGUGAACGCCUGUUUAAUUUUUUUUGGUUUUUUGAUACGUUGUGUGUAAGAGAAUUUAUCAGUUUAUGUAAGAUUAAUAAGAACAACAAUGUUUUGUUUGUUUUUUUUCUGUUUGUUGAAGAUGCUUCAAUGAGAUAAUAAAAGGAUUCAUAAAAUAAUAAUGGAUUGUUGUCUUGUUUCUUUUAUC